UUCCAACAUGUCAGAUAGAAAUAGUGGGUGGUGGAUGUCUGAUCAUAUGAUAAGCAAAUAAUGACAGACGACAGCAUCAUUGACUGUCCAGAUCAACAAACGACAUGAACUCAGACGUGGAAAACCAGAUCAGACAAAACAACACGUGGCAGAAACUGCCAGCAGCCGUCAAACAAAUUCUUGGAAACUCUCAUAGGGAAUAUGAGAAAGCCAUCGUUCAGUUUAGUAUAAAAAAUCAGCUCCGCUAUAAAGGCAAUUUAGUGCGGACUGCGAGGAAGGAUGAACGAAGAUACUAUGAAGACUUGAUGCAAUACAGCCAGGAGCAUCUAAUGCUCUACCCCUAUCACCUGUCUGAUGUCAUUGUCAAAGGGCUGAGGGUCACUCCCUUCACAUACUACAUCAACAUGAUGUCUGACAUCAUGACACAAGAGAAGAGCUAUGACUCUCUCCCCAAUUUCACUGCUGCAGACUGUUUAAGGCUGCUGGGUAUUGGUAGGAAUCAGUAUAUUGAUUUAAUGAACCAAUGUAGAUCAUCAAAGAAAUUUUUCCGUCGAAAACCUCCAAAAGAUCUCUUGCCAGCCCAACCAAUAGAAACAGUGACCUUUGAACACUGGUGGCUAGUGAAUGUAGGGUACAUCACAGAGGAAGAUAUCAAGAUGUGCACAAUUUCUGAGAAGAAUGUAAUAGAUUCUAUAAUUGACAGUGAGAAAGGAAGUCAACUGGCUGGAGAGCUAGAUUACAAGAUUAUUCAAAGUCUCUACAGAAAAGGAUUGAUAUAUCUGAAUGUUCCUAUUAAUGAUGAAGAUUGCAUAAUCGUGCCCCCUUUGGAGGGUUUUGUGAUGAACCGAGUGCUGGGGGAUUAUCUGGAGACCCUGCUGUAUAAGAUUUUUGUCUCCAUCGAUGAACACACCACGGUGUCAGAGCUUGCCAGUGUUUUGCAGAUUGAUUCAGAAUUAGUAAAGAGUGCAGUGUCAAUGUAUUGCCGCCUUGGUUUUGCCAAAAAGAAAGGAGCUGAAAAUGUGAAUACUGAAGAACUUCACCCAUCCUGGAGAGAAAUACAACCAGCAAACAAAAAAUUAACAAAGGAGCAGAUAAUCUUGGACUGGAGCGAGACAUCUGAGGAGGCUUUACUGGAGGCUAGUAACAAUCCAGUAGCUCAAGACACAAGUAGUAACGCCAAUAAAAGUGCCCUGGAAACAGCCAUGGAAGACAUAAGUCCGACCAGUGGCACUACAAGGCGGAUAGCAUUCCUGUUUGACUCGACUCUGACUGCUUUCCUCAUGAUGGGGAAUCUGUCACCAGGGUUAAAAAGUCAUGCAGUAACAAUGUUUGAAGUUGGGAAGUUAAGUGAUGAAUCCUUGGAUAGCUUUCUUGCAGAACUGGAAAAGGUGGGUUCUGAAGCAGAGGGUGAGGCCAGGCGAUACUUUGUACAUGCUCUGACUCUGAGGGACACUGUUCGAUUCUUGAGAUACAACAAAGAACUCAAUAUGGACACAGAGAAUGGCAAUGGACUGGCUGUGGACCUGAUUCGGUGUGAGAGCCUUUUAGGCCUAGAUGCUGCAACCAGAGCCAGGGUGCUGAACCGGAAUUACAGCUUACUGGUGUCUAUGGCCCCCUUGAGUUACGAGAUUCGUCCAGUCAGUAGUUGUGUACCUCAACACAUUGGUCCAGCCAUUCCAGAGGUCAACUCUGUAUGGUUUAAAUUAUAUUUAUACCACAUCACGGGCUGUGGGCCUCCUAGUCUUCUACUGGUGAAAGGAACUAAGUUACGGAGACUACCUAAGAUGUUUUAUGACUAUGACAGAUUGUUGGUGACAACUUGGGGUCAUGAUCCUGGUGUCAUAGCAACGUCAAACAUUCUCCUGACCCUGAAUGAUGCUCUCACUCACUCAGCAGUUUUAGUUCAGGCUCACGGUUGGCAAUCCGAGGGUAAAACAGUCACUGUGGCUUUUCCUUUUCAAAGAGAGGAUUCAGGCGAUUUCUCAAGUGGUGCGUACCAAAAACAUAGUGCAAUACAGAGAGUGGCGGAACAUAUCGACAUGAAAAACUCUUGUGGCUACAUGACUCUGCUAAACACAGGAAGGGAAUCACACACAGUGUGGAAAGAAGAGCACGAAGAGGAUUUCUUGAUGGAGGAUGUAUUCCCUGGGGAAGAAAAUAGUGAACCAAGCAAUGGGGUCAAAGAUCAGCAAUCAGCUGAUGUCUUAGCCAUGGAAAUAGACAUGCUUGAAAUGGAAAGUGAAAGUACAGAGAAAUCGAGUGCCAAGGCAUUAAAACAAGACCUGAAGUUGGAUCUUUCUAAGAGACAAGUGUCAUGUGACUUGAGUAAGGAGGACCACUGGGUUUUACUUGACUGUUAUUUUGGCAUUCCUUUGUUUGACUCUGGUCUCAACAAAGAAAUAUGUUCUAAGGUUGUAAACUUUGGACUGUUCAAGCAAGAAGGAUUACAAGAAUUACUACAUUCCAGUAGGAAGCUCUCUCUCAGACUGCUAAACUUUAUAUCUCAGUACCAGGAUGUUCCUAGUGCUGAGGUGACCUCUGACCCUUUGUUGCCUAGCGACACAGAGCAGACUCCUCCCAUGCCCACUGUCUGUCUGCAGUUUAAUGGAGGGAAGCUGGAAAGAUGGAAUCGCAGAUGAAGUCACUGCUAGUCAAUGAAGGAGACUGUGUUCACUCUACACGUACAAGAAAUGCAUUUCUAGCUGCCACCAAGUCAACUCGGUGUUGGUACCAAGGAAUGCGUUUGACGGAUUAUACAUUUCAAGAGAAAUAAGUUGGUUGUAUAUUCCAAAAUACAAGUUUCAAACAAAAACACAAGUUUCAAGAAAAGGGGGCUAUCAGAACUUUUAAUAUUAAUAUUGGCCAACUGCCAAAUGAUAUUGUUCAUUUGUACUAGUCUAAUAGAAUUUCUAAAAUGUAACUAUUUUUGGCAAAUGAACACAAUGCAAGUACCAGUGUUGUGGAAUUUUUGAAAUUUAAAUGCAUUUUUUUUCAUUGCUAUAAUACUCUCCCACUGGUUGAUCUUUUAUUAAGGACUUCAUGAUACUUUGUACUUUAAUGAAUUAUUUCAUCCAUUAAUAUUUUGUGAAAUUUAUAAUUUUCUUAACUGUAAUCUACAAAUAGUAGUUACCUGAAAAGAAACCAAGGAAUGCAAAAAUUUUCAAAAACAAUAUGGUUUUUAAUACCACAUGUAGUUUCGUUUAGAAAUAUAGAUCAAGUUAUUUUUCAAUAUCUUGGACAUAUCACUACAUGUAUGUUAAUAUACUUACCGGGUACAUGUUUUAUGGUUUUUAAUAUUAAAAUUAUCAGUCCAGCCACCCAACCACUGAUGUAUUAUUGGGUACUUGUGAAUGUGUAGCAAGUGUCUUUACAUCAUGGGGGGGGGGGGGGGGGGGGGGCUGUGGCCACAUCCCACACAGUACCUCCAUCUUUGUGAGGAUAUGGCUGAUCACUGAUCUAGCUAACUCAGUCAGCUUCAUCAUUAAAAGAAGCAGGCUUUAAUUUGGAUUAUUUCCUAUAUAUCAGUGAAAAGUGAAAUGCUUAUCAUUUAUCUACAAUGUUGUAAGUUAACCUGUAUUGCAUGUACAGUAAGACUGUUGCCGAACUAUUGUUUUAUUGAUCUCUUCUCUAUGAACCAAACAAGGCACAAUACCGGUACACGUUUACUCUCAGCAAUGAUUAAAAUUGGUUUGAACAAUUUGUCUGUCCGUGUAAAAUGUGACAUGUAAAAUGCGAUUGCUUUUUACUCUGGCAUAUUGUUUGUUAUGAUUGACAGUUUAGAUGACAGUUUUUGUUUUUCUUGGUAAGAAGUGCUUUUGGCAUGAAGUAACAAGCGUGUAUAAUUAUGUGUAUUAUGACAAAUGUUAAUAUAUUUAUUUAAAACCUCCUCUGCAUCAAUAGGAAGGAGAGGACUAUAGCGGAAUCAUUUACUCGUAUCAACAGCCUGCAUUUUAAUUUAUUUUGGUAAUUAUUAUACAACUUCCUGUAUAUAUUGAAUUGUUUAAUCAAUUAUUAAAAAGAAAUGGACCAAUGGAAAAA